AGGAUACCAUCAUGCUAUUAAGUUAGCUUUAGCCAAACAACAAUAUCGACACUACGACCAGGGACAGAACAGCAGAGUUUAGGACUGGUAUAAAGUGUCAGGAGGAACGACAGAUUAACCACAAUCUAUUUUACUGUUGAUAUAAUAAGAUCUGUAAGAUAACUUGUUUAGUUUGAGCGCUUACUAAAAGUGCACCUUGUCGACCGGAAGCGUUAUAUUUUGUAAACAUUUCGUCAUCAUUGAUCUUCAGCUUUCCUCAUCUUGUAUCAUGUUUUGACAAAAGCCAAGGGGUAAUACUGGUUACCCCAGGAUUUUCUGGAAUCCUAAGGAAGAAUUUCAACGACGCAAUCAAGUAGACAAUCCAUCUCUUCAAUCACAAUGGAAGUUUCACCAAUUCUGAAAUCGUUCCUUGCCGGAACGGUAAGUGGGUCCUGCUCUACUUUGCUGUUUCAACCGUUGGACCUCGUGAAAACUCGUAUUCAGACUUCAGUUACUUUUGGAUCUCCGGGAAUGGUGACAGUGGCACAUGCUGUUGUCCGCCAAGAUAAACUCCUUGGGCUGUGGAAAGGAUUGAUGCCCUCAUUUUCAAGGGCAGUUCCUGGUAUAGGAGUCUACUUCUCAUCUAUUCAUUACAUCAGAAGUAAAUAUGGAUCGGAGAAGCCUUCUUUGCUGGAGUCUGCGAUGACAGGAAUGUGUGCCAGAGCGAAUUCUGGCAUUGUAGUCAUCCCAUUUACUGUGCUCAAAACUAGAUACGAGAGUGGACUUUUCAACUACGGUAAUGGUGUGACCAAAGCGUUGGUUUUGACCUACAGAACAGAAGGCUGUCGUGCCUUGAUCUCUGGUCUCUCUCCAACAUUGAUGAGAGAUGUUCCAUUCUCUGGGUUGUACCUGAUGUUCUACACCUACUUCAAACAGAUUGUGAAUGACCAUACUGCUGAUGAGUCCAAGCGCCCUGCUCUUCAUUUCAUAUGUGGAUUGAAUGCAGGAAUGUUGGCUUCCCUCGUUACGCAACCUGCUGAUGUUGUCAAAACCCUUAUGCAACUAGACCCUAAAAAACAUGCCAAAGUAUUUGAAACAUCUAGAUAUGUGUUUGAGAAAUAUGGUGUGCAUGGGUUUAUGAGGGGCAUUGUUCCAAGGACCCUUCGGAGAAGUCUAAUGGCUGCUCUAGCCUGGACAGUUUAUGAUGGGGUCUCUCGCAGGUUUGGACUGAAAGGAUAAAGAUCUCCAUAUUCUACUAGACUGCAUUUAUUCAUUCCUAGGAUCUCAGCCAGAAUAUCUGUUCGAUAAACAAGUUGUACCAUUUGUGUUCACUUCUUUUUACAAGAAUUUGAAACAGCUGAUUUAUCAUUCACUAGCCAAUUGAAGGAAUAUAUUGCAGUGUAAAUUUUAGUCUUGAACUUGAAGCUAUAACCAAAGAAAGAAUAUCUGUUGGGAACAUGUAAAGUUGUGGAAUAAACUGGUCUGUUCAACUGAGUAUUCAGUCAGUUUUAAAGUAAAGGAACCUACCUACUGUAUGUAUUGGCUGUUAAUUAAAGUGUUUCUUUGCUGAAAACAAUGAAGUCUAUGUUACUAGAGUUUCUACGAUACUGACGUUAUGGUGUGUCUCUAGCUGUGAACUUGACAAGUGCUCACCAUUCAUGAAAACAUGGUCUUGUUUCAUGUGAAAUUUCAAGGAAUGCAGAAAAAACACCCUCAAAUGACUUGAUGGAUAAAGAAAGUUGAAAGAUAUACCUAUCAAAGUUGCAGAAGCACCACUAUGAAUUGUGAUAGGAAGUUGAGUUUUGUCUGUGGUGGAUGAGCUAUGAUGUACAUUCCUGAGCCAAAGACAAACACUAUUCCAAAUACAUAUAGUUGGAGUCUGGUACAGUUGAACACUCUAAAAGUGAAAUAUUUAAAUAUUGGACAAAAAUUGUUCCUAGAAUUCCAAUAUUGAGUUUGUACCUAGUGACCGGUACGACAUACUGUGAUGUUGAAUAUUGCUAUAGACAAGAAUUCAAAUACUCGUCACUUGUUCAAAUUUAUUUACAGUUGAGGAAUGGACAGUGAAUCUUUAAUUUUAUGACAGUACAAUGUGUUGAUUUUAAUUUAAUGUAUCGUAUGGCAGCAACCAUGGGAAAAACUUUUUAGUUAUCAAGUUUUAUAUUUUGACAUAUCUUAUAGUAAGGUAUGAUUGCCGAAAAGUUGUCCAGUUUAUGGAGAUAAACUAUUUUUCAAUUCAGCAAUUUAAAACUUUUAUGAAAAUUAUGUCAGAAGUUGAUUUGUAUGAAUGUUUAUAUGUAAGCAAGAUUGAACAUGCAUUUUAAAUAUUUAUGCCAAAUACAGCAACUGUGUGAAAGUAAAUGAAAGGAAUUGUUGGAAUUUAAGCUUAUAGUCAUGCAUGUAUUUGCAUUUUUAUUUUGAAUAUGAGCAAGCUUUGUAUGCAAGAAAUGUGUAUGUGCGUGGUGUAUUUAUGAAGAUACACCAAAUCAUUUGGGCUGUUCUGGGUAUAUUUGUUGCAAAAUAAUACAAGUAUUUAUUUUUAUAUAAAUUACUUCCAAUUUCAUGCAUGUUUCAUGCAUGCAUUUAAUCGGAGGGAAGUAUUAUCUUAUUGAGCAAUAUUUGGUCAAUUUGUGAUAAAAUUAUCAACCUUAAAAUCAUGUCCAUUUAGCAUUAAUUACAGUGGAUGUAGUUAUAUUUGAGGUAUGACUUUGUUCAAGUAUUGGAACAAAGUUCCAAAUAUUUUUGCUCAUUUAUUUGAGCAGUGCAAGAUAAUCAUUCCCAUUUAUUUAAUAAAAUGAUCAAUUGUGAA